AUGUCCACCGCAAGCGGAUCGACCUCCAACCCGGAGCGAGCCUACGCUCACAUGAGAGCCGAGAUCGAUCGACUCACGGCUCAGGUCUACCUACGGGUCAACACCUCGAUUGGGGGACCCAUUCCUCAGAUCCUCUGUAUCAGCAACCUUCUCACGGGUAAAGCCUUCGAGUGGUGGGAACCCACCCUCAGGGACUACCUUGACAACGAAAGAGACUCCGACAGGGACGAGGAGACCAACAUCAUCUUCCAGAGCUACGACAAUUUUGAACACGCUUUGAGAACCGCUUUCGGGGACCCAGAUGAAGCCAAGACAGCCACACGACAGUUGAAGAACUUACGACAAACCGGGUCAGCCACGCACUACAACAGAGAAUUCCGAGUACUCUCGUCCAAACUCGACCUUGGGGACAACGCCCUCAUGGAAUACUUCUAUGAUGGACUCAAGGAAGAUGUAAAGGAUGACCUCAGCAAGCUCGACAAACCCGAACGCUUCGACGAAUAUGUGGAAAUGGCAAUCAAGAUCGACAAUCGAAACUACCAGCGCCGACUGGAGCGAGGCAACAAAGGCGGACGGAACAUCAAAGUUCAAAUCACUGAGAAGCGGGUCAACUCCAAAAAACGAGACACCCCCUCAAACGAAUCGAAGGAGGCCCUCAGGAUAUACGUGAUUACCAAGGAGCCCAAACCAGUACGAUCUGAACGGAUUCCCGAGGAAUACCGACAGUACGGCAAACUGUUCAGCGACGAGCUAGAAACAGGACUUCCAGAACACAGCCGAUGGGACCAUGAAAUACGCCUCGAGCCUGGAAGCAAACCCAGAAUCCACAAGAUAUAUCCACUCAACGAAGAAAAAACAAAAGCCCUCAAAGAAUAUCUUGCAGAGAACCUGAAGAAAGGAUACAUUCGACCAUCAACCUCACCAGCAGGAUUUCCGAUUCUGUUCGUACCCAAGAAAAACGGGAAACUCAGAAUGUGCGUGGAUUAUCGGCAACUCAACAACAUUACGAUCAAGAACCGUUAUCCACUACCCUUGAUCACGGAAUUACAAGACAAGCUCCACGGUGCCAAGUACUUUACGACCUUGGACCUUAAAGGAGCCUACAACCUGAUCCGAAUCAAGGAAGGCGAAGAAUGGAAAACAGCUUUCCGAACAAGGCAGGGACUCUACGAAUAUCUGGUCAUGCCAUUCGGCCUGACCAACGCGCCUGCCAGUUUCCAAACCAUGAUCAACGACGUGCUGCGAGAAUACCUCGACAUUUUUGUCGUAAUCUAUCUCGACGACAUUCUCAUCUUCUCGGAGAAUCUCGAAAAACACCGAUAA